AUGGAUGGUAAAGGGAAAUCGAAUCAGGCUCGUUCCAAAGGGUUGAGUUCGACACUGAACGAAGAUAGGCUAAGCCAAUUACCAGAUCCUUUGAUAAUUCAAAUACUUGAUCAUCUUUACACUAAGCAAGCUGCUAAGACAAGUGUUUUAUCCAAGAGAUGGAGGCAUCUCUGGCUUUGGGUUUCUAGUUUCGAUCUCACUUCUCUAAGAUUCACAGAUUUCAAAGCCUUUGUGAGUGUUGGUGACAGGAUUUUCGAUUCCACUAGAGCUUCACGCAUUCACAAACUCAGAUUACGUUUAUUCAACGAAACUGAGGACAGACUCUACAGCGUAAAAGACGUCUCUUUUCUCACGUCAUGGCUUGAUGCUGCUGCUAAGCGUAAGAUCCAACAUCUAGAUCUUCACCUGUGUGAGUGUGACAAGUCUCACUUUUACAUGAAGCCCUUGAAUUUUUAUCAUUGUGAGACUCUGGUCUGCUUAAAGCUCUCUGAUGUAGCCUUGGAUGAUGCCAGUGCCCACUUUGUUUCCUUCCCUUGCCUCAAGAAAAUGCGUUUACUCGAGAAUGUUUAUCCCAGUGAGGCCACUUUCGAGAAGCUCGUCUCGUCCUGCCCUGUACUGGAAGAGUUUGAGGUUCAUAUUCUUGGGGAGGAUGCAAAAGUCUUCCGGGUGCGUUCUCAGUCACUAAAGAGGCUAACUUUGAUACGAGAUCACUCUUACUCCUCAAAUUCUCUAGUACCAGGAGUUGUGGUUGAUGCUCCUCUUCUAUCUUGUUUGAGCAUCAAUGAUCUUGCGUCAGAAAGCUUUCUUGUAGACAAUUUGGUGCCCAGAGCCAAGUUAGGCAUUACCAUCACCUUUGGCUCGGGGUAUAUUGAUGAAAUUGUCAAGAGAAGUAGGAUCCGCAGCUUUCUACUCGGGGUUUCAAAGGUCGGGGAUAUGACUCUAUGUGCAUACACUUUCCAGCUCCUCUGCGAUUACUCGGAAUUCGAGCCACUGCCUCGAUUUGGUUACAUGUCCCGGUUGGGUGUUGAUCUUAGAGUAUCUUAUUUCAAAUGGUUACCAACCUUUCUUGAAACCUGCCGCAACAUGAAAUCCCUCAUCUUGACGUGGGAUAGUCAUGACGGGGAAAUGAGUCCGAAGAGACGAAUCAUAAAUGAAGCUAGUGAAGUACUUGUUAGAGAAUUCAGCAAUCCUCAAGAAACUUACUCUCCGUUUGGCGGAGCGUUCAACAAGAGAAACGACACUCAGAGACCUUCUUAG